AUGAAACCAAGCAAAGAACUGUCGUUCGAAGACUGCGUCCGCCUUCGACACUCAUGUCGCGUAUUUCAGCCUGAUCCGGUUCCCACGGCCUUACUGAGAGAAUGUCUUGAGCUUGCUCGGCGAGCCCCAUCAAACUCGAAUGUGCAGAAUUGGCGGUUGACCAUUGCAUCAGGCGCAGCCAGAGAUCGCGCUGUUGCACCGCUUAGAGCUGCAAGUCUAGAAGGAGAAGCAGUUCUGCCAGCAGUUCCAGAGAAGUUUCAAAAAUACAGGAACGAGCUGGUCAAGCUCAUAUAUGGCCAGCAGGGAUACGAUGUGAUGGGAGAUGAUCAUCGUGAAGAGAGACAGGCGAAGCGGCUCUUGCAAUGGGAAUUCUUUCGUGCUCCGACUUGCGCUGUCAUAAGCAUGGAUGACUGCUUUGGCCUGGCAGAUGCCAUGAGCGUUGGCAUGUUCGUCAACACCUUUGCCUUGGCACUCUUUGAGCGAGGAGUGGGCUGCUGUUUCCAGAUCAGUGUGACUGGCUAUCCAGAAGCAUUGAAGUCUGGUUUCCAAUUGAAUGAUGACCAGCAGAUUCUUUGUGGCAUGGCCAUUGGAUGGCCUGUUGAAGAGCAUCCUGUCAACAACCUGGAGAUUGGGAGAGACUCAAUAGAGAAGCAGGUCACAUUUUUGGAAUGA